CUUGGCAUGUUGGAUUUUGAUUAUGCACUGAGAGAGCCUGCCCCUCCUGCCCUCACUGAUAAAAGUACUGCUGAAGAUAAAAUAGUACAUGAGAGAUGGGAGAGGUGCAACAGAAUGGCUCUUAUGCUCAUUAAAAAUUCCAUCAGCAUAAUCAUCAGGGGAGCUAUUCCAGAUUCAUCUAAUGCUAAAACAUAUCUGGCUUCCGUGGAGGAACAAUUCAAGGCAACUUUUAAGGCACAUGCUAGUACUCUUAUUUUGAAGAUGGUGACUACAAAAUAUGACGGGAAUAGCGGCAUUCGUGAGCACAUCAUGAUGAUGAACGACAUGGCCCGUAAGCUCAAGGGAUUAGACAUGGAGAUUAGUGAAGGUUUUCUAGUGCACUUUAUAAUGACUUCUCUUCCUGCAUCUUUUGAAGCUUUCAAGGUCAACUACAACACCCAGAAGGUCAAGUGGCCGAUGAAUGAGUUGAUUGCUAUGUGCGUACAAGAAGAAGAGCGUCUGAAGCUGGACAAACCUGAUGUGGCUUACCUCAUGACCGCUAAUCCAAAGAAGAGGAAGGGCAAUGUCGAUAAGAAGAAUGUUUCUAAAGUCCAGAAAUGUGAUGCAAGUGCUUUUUCCAGCUCUAAGAACUCUAAAGGGAAGUCUUACUGCAAGUUCUGCCGCAAGGAAGGACAUAGACAGAAAGACUGCCAAGACUUUAAGGAGUGGCUGACGAAGAAAGAAGCUGGAAAGAAACCUAAGAACACUUAAGCUGGGGAAUGGAACAGAACUAGCUGUCGAAGCCGUGGGAACCUUAGAAUUAAUAAUGAAAACUGGUUUAUGUAUUAAACUUUAUGAUACCUU